CUUCUGAACCCCUCACUGCAUGGACAGUCUACUUUUCCACACACUGUUCAUCAGAGAAUAAUUUUUUAAUAGAAUUUCAGUCUUUAAAAAAAUUCCACAUAUUUCCCUAUAUACUAUUGUCAUGUUUAUUUACUUACUUCUAAUAGUUUGGUCUUCUUAAAUUAUUUUUAUUCAAAUGCAACACUUUUCUUGACUUUUCCUCAGUCUCCUAAAACAUUUUCAAAUCUCUGCUAUGGUUAAAUAUAAGUUUGUAAGGUGACUCGAAAAGAAUGUUUUUAUAAUAUUGUUUAUGUCACACAUGCACAUAUUUUACUUAGUACAAGCCUAGAGUGAGUUUAAAUACUGUAAUAGUAGACCCUUAUUAAGUAGCACAUUGAGGUAUUUAAGUACUUCCUUUUAUUUAUUAUUGGUCAAACAUUAACAGUAAAUUAAGUGCUAUGUAUUUUAUUAUAAGCUAUCUUACAAGAGAUAUGUGUUUCUUUUGUAGAAAACAUACAAAUUCAGCAGCUAUCCAUUGUAUCAUAGUGUCUAUGAAACAUAUGAGUUGGUGGAAAAAUUUUAUGAUCCAACGUUUAAAUAUCACCUCACCGUGGCCCAGGUUCGAGGAGGGAUGGUGUUUGAAUUGGCCAAUUCCAUAGUGCUUCCUUUUGACUGUCGAGAUUAUGCUGUAGUUUUAAAAAAGUAUGCUGACAAAAUCUACAAUAUUUCAAUGAAACAUCCACAGGAAAUGAAAACAUACAGUGUAUCAUUUGAUGCACUGUUUUCUGCAGUAAAGAAUUUUACAGAAAUUGCUUCUAAGUUCAGCAAGAGACUUCAAGAUUUAGACAAAAGCAACCUAAUAUUAUUGAGGAUUAUGAAUGAUCAGCUGAUGUUUCUGGAACGGGCAUUCAUUGAUCCUUUAGGGUUACCAGACAGGCCUUUCUAUAGGCAUGUCAUCUAUGCUCCAAGCAGCCACAACAAGUAUGCAGGGGAAUCAUUCCCAGGAAUUUAUGAUGCUUUGUUUGAUAUUGAAAGCAAAGUGGACCCUUCCAAGGCCUGGGAAGAAGUGAAGAGACAGAUUUCUAUUGCAGCCUUCACUGUGCAGGCUGCGGCAGGGACUUUGAGAGAAGUAGCCUAAGAGAGUUCUCUAGAAACCUCAGGUUGAAUUUGUAUGGUAUAUCAAUUGACAAAUUAAGAAAUAAAUGUGGGAGUUUAUUUAUUUAUUUAUUUAUUUA